AUGAAUGAGACUGUCAUUUUGCAGGCUGCCGAGAAAAUCGUUUCACUGGGCUUCAAAGAUCUAGGUUAUCACUAUGUUGUCAUGGAUGAUUGCUGGUCUGCAGGUCGUAACUCGUCUGGGUAUCUUAUCCCAGACCCCGACAAGUUCCCCAAUGGAGUAGCAGAUCUGGCAGACAAAAUCCAUGCCAUGGGGCUGAAACUAGGAAUUUACUCUAGCGCGGGCACAUUGACCUGCGCGCGGUAUUCCGGCUCGCUGGGAUACGAAGAAAAAGACGCGACGCUGUGGGCAAGCUGGGGCAUCGACUACCUGAAAUAUGACAACUGCUACAAUCAAGGUGAAGAAGGCACUCCUAAGCUUUCUUACGAUCGCUACAAUGCCAUGGGCAAAGCACUCAAUGCCACUGGUCGACCUAUUCUGUACUCCCUAUGCAACUGGGGUGUUGACGGACCAUGGAACUUCGCUCCCACGAUAGGCAAUUCUUGGAGAAUGAGCGGCGAUCUGAACAACGUUUGGGAUCGUGAGAACGUGAAUUGUCCUUGCUCCGAAACUGAAGGUCUUGACUGCAAGACUCCUGGGUAUGAAUGCUCUGUCAUGAACGUUCUCAACAAAGCUGUGUACUACCCAUCCAAGGCGUAUGCAGGUGCAUGGAACGAUCUGGACAUGCUCGAGGUCGGAAAUGGUGGCUUGACAGACACUGAAGCCGUCGCCCAUUUCAGUCUUUGGGCUGCGCUCAAAUCGCCUCUCCUCAUGACGAACGUAAUGACCAAGAUCGACGCGCAAACCUUAUCCAUCUUGCAAAAUACUGCAGUGCUUGCCAUCUCCCAAGAUCCAGAGACCUCGUCCGCAGUACGAAUUUGGCGCUACUAUGUCGAUGGUGGCGAGAUUCAAAUGUUCAGCGGUUCCUUGAGCGGCGGCGACCAGCUAGUCUUACUUUUGAAUGGCGGGUCUGCGGCUCGCAAUAUGAAUGCUACACUCACUGAUAUCUUCUGGUCGGAUGGUCCUGGGGGCACGGCGUCGGAGAUCAAAAGCAGCUGGGAUGUGUAUGAUCUCUGGGCUGACCGGAUGAGCAAUGCGACUGCGAGUGCGAUUAUCGAGGGAGGAAACGCCACGCGGCCGAUUAAUAUGACUGCCCUGGGUGGAUAUGAGAAGGUCUACUCACAGGACCCUUUGCCGACGUCCAAGGCGCUUAUGGGGACUAAGGUUGCUACAGUCAAGGCUAGUGGGACAGUUACGGCCCAUGUGCAGCCGCAUGGUGUUGCUAUGCUGCGUUUGAGGGAGGUGAAGACCAAUGAUGAGCUUUGA